AUGGAUAAAGUACAUCCAUUGAGUACCCCAAUAGUUGUGAGAUCACUUGAUAUUAAUAAAGAUCCAUUUCGACCUUAUGAAAAUGAUGAAGAACUUCUUGGUGCUGAAAUACCAUAUUUGAGUGCAAUUGGAACAUUAAUGUAUCUUGCCAAUAAUUCUCGACCAGAUAUAGCUUUCUCUGUAAGCUUAUUAGCAAGAUUUAGUUCUUCCCCAACAAGAAGACAUUGGAAUGGUAUUAAGAAUAUAUUCAGAUACCUCCGAGGGACCAUUGAUAUGGGGUUUUAUUCAAAUGAAUCCAAUUCACAACUAAUUGGUUAUGCAGAUGCAGGAUAUUUGUCCGAUCCACAUAAAGGUCGAUCCCAGACAGGGUAUUUAUUUACAUGUGGAGGUACAGCUAUAUCAUGGCGUUCAACAAAACAAACUAUGGUUGCUACUUCUUCAAAUCAUGCAAAGAUAAUAGCCAUUCAUGAAGCAAGUCGAGAAAGCGGUGAAAUAGAUGUUCAACAAGUUCGCUCAAGUGAUAACUUAGCAGAUAUGUUCACUAAGGCAUUACCAAUCUCAACAUUUGAGAAGCUAAUAUACAAGAUUGGAAUGCGUCAUCUUCGAGAAAUUAAGUGA